CACCCAACAUUUUUACUUUAUUUUCGUCAUCAUUUCAUUUUUUCAUUUAUUUAUCCGUUGCGCUACGAGCCCGAUUCUUUCCCCUUCUCACUUUCUAUCUUCCCUCACACACAACCCAAACGAGCAAGAAUAUAAGAAACGUAAAUUGCAAUUAGGGUUUAUAGUUCAUUGUUCUUGUUCUUGUUCUUGUUCUUGUUCGUGGAUUGAAAUUGCGAGUUAUAUGAUGAUGGAAGGAGCGAGCAAUGGAGGGAUGCUGUACCACGAGGUACAAGAGUCGAAGCUAUGCGCGGUGCAUUGCGUGAACACGGUGUUGCAGGGUCCUUUCUUCUCCGAGUUCGAUUUGGCCGCUCUUGCCUCCGAUCUCGAUUGCAAGGAGCGUCAGGUGAUGCUACCUGCACUCUCCUCUGGUGAUUUCGAGUCCCACAAUGUCUCGCUCGACGGCGAUUUCAGCAUCCAGGUUUUACAAAAGGCUCUGGAAGUGUGGGACCUACAAGUUAUUCCCCUUGACUCUCCAGUUGCUGAGCCUGCCCAGAUUGAUCCUGAGCUGGAAAAUGCUUUCAUUUGUCAUUUGCAAGACCAUUGGUUUUGCAUUCGUAAAGUGAAUGGGGAGUGGUAUAACUUUGACAGUCUCUAUGCUGCCCCACAGCACCUUUCCAAGUUUUAUCUCUCAGCUUAUCUCGACUCUUUGAAAGGAUUUGGGUGGAGCAUUUUCUUGGUCAGAGGAAAUUUUCCAAGAGAGUUCCCCAUAUCCUCAUCUGAAGCUUCUAAUGGUUUUGGGCAGUGGCUUUCACCUGAAGAUGCUGAGAGAAUAAUUAAGUCUUGCAACUCAGUACAGGCUCCUCAACAGAGAAUUAAUGAGAGCCAACAACAUUACGAUCAGUUUCUUUCACAUGGGGAAGCUGAUAUGUUUUCAAACAUGGAAGAUGAGGAUCUAAGGGCUGCAAUAGCAGCUAGUCUGAUGGAUUCGUGCCCAGCUGUUACCAAUGCUGAUGCCAGUACUCCUCAAAAUGAUGAUCAAUGUAGUAAACAAGUGGCAACCACUGAAGCUACCCCUCUAAAUGAUCAACACAACAAAAAAAUGGAAUCCAUUGAAGCUAGUCUACCUCUCAACGAUCAACGCAACAAACAUGUGGCUGCUACUGAAGUUGGUUCUCCUCUUAAUGAUCAACACAACAAAAUAGUGAAAUCCAUUGAAGCUAGUCUACCUCUCAACGAUCAAUGCAACAAACAUGUGGCAGCUACUGAAGCUGUUUCUAUUCUUAAUGAUAAAAACAGGCAAGAAGUGGCAUCCACAGUAAGUGGGAACCCUCAAGAUGAAAACCAGAAUAAAGAAAAAACUGUCUGAAAGUGUGCACUCAUUUGCUCCUGAUUUGUUUUUGCAAUUGAGGACAAUAAUCUUUACCAGUUUAGGUGGUGGAAACAUACGUCAAUGGCUUAAAAUCAUGGUGCUGUGCAGAAUACACACUCAAAUCGAUUGCAUUAUGUAAACUGUAAGGAAAACCCUUCAGCAUUUCCGUCCGAUUAUUAUGGUUACCAAGUUUUGACAAUGUUCUAUAAAACCCUUUGGCACUUCUAUCUGAUUGUGAUUGCUACCAAGUUUUGACGAUGCUGCGUGCUAGAAUACCACUAAAAAAAAGUUGUUUUGGCCGAAAAUACCGUUGCGAUGACAAGUCAAUUUUAUAGUUAAGGUAUAUGUUAAUUACCGGAUUAUAAGAUUUAUUGUUUUUCAGAUAUUAGGUGAGAAGAAAUACCUAAUAUUGUUUUUAAUAUAUACUUUAAUUUCCCCAUCAAACUAAGGACCACAGGGAAAAUCAUCUCUUUUUACGUGGAUCAUAUAUACAUGUAUAUUAGAUUAUUAAAGUUAACGAUGAUGAUAUAAUAGCUUCAUACAAUUCGUGAUAUGAACAGCACAACGGAAAUGAGAAAAAAAAUAUAACAACUCCUAAUAAAGAAACUCAGGUUUUCUCUACCUAAUAUGAAAGCUAGAUACCGAACAAUCCCACCUCACCUAUAGCACAUACAAUAGGCAAUAACAGAAAAGAUCUUCCCACCCCCCCCCCCCCCCCCUCUCUCUCCUUUGACAAACUCCAUUUCUACUUAUGCCAACCUUGACCCUUUCCCUAAUAAUCCACUCAUCUUCUUAUAUGGCUUCUUCAAUUGUCUUCCCCUUCUAACAAGUAGCUUCUGAUUAAUUUUCUCUCCCCUUUUCAUUAUACUCCUCAAAGUUAACACAGAUUCAGAUUCUAUUAUGUCAGCACUGUCAUUGUCCAAACUAGUAGGAAACUCUAACUCAGCUUGGUAGUUCUUUUGUGCCUUCUUUAAUAAAGACACAUAAAAGACCAGAUGAACCUUGGAAAAAAGAGGCAACUUCAAGCGGUAAGUAGACCUGUCAAAAAGGGUUAAGGCUCCAGGGCCAGCCCUACCCAACUUUAAAAUAACCCAUCUAGUCCUAAAUAUUAUAUUGAUUAAAAAUAAUAAUUUGACUCUAAGUUAUUUAGCCUAUAAUGUAUGGGUUAGGGUAGGGUUAUCCAUAGGUUAGUCCUGACCCAUGAAUUUUAUCCAAAAUCUCAAAUUUUACCUGAAUUUUAGCAACCAUAACUCUAUACUGGCUCUCCAAGCUUCGUGUUCAUUCUGCUUCUCUUCCACUAUUUUGUUUCGCUUCCACCGGCCGCUUCUAUAAAAAGGUAUGUCAUGACUCAACAAUUUAUUCUACAUUUAUGCAUUUGUGUUGUGGGGCACAUGUGUCUCAGAAACGGUGGUGUUAGUGUUGGUUGUGAGUUUGGAAGUGAAGGGUUUGGUGGGGAAGUAACUGUAGAGGUUGAUGGAUUUGAUGAGUCUUUGAAGCAGAGAAGGAGAUCUAUCAAGUUGGGAGUGUUCAUGUUUAUGGGUUUGAGUUUGAAAUUGUGGGGCAUUGUGAAAAUGGAGGUUUUAAAGUUGAUGUUUUCUCAUAUACGUGUUUUAUUGAAGCAUAUUAUUGUGAGAAAGAUUUCCGCAAAGUGGACCAAGUUUUGGAGGAGAUGAGGGGAAAUGGGUGCACCCCUAAUGCUGUGACUUAUACCAUUGUGAUGCUUCCUUUGGGGAAGGCACGCCAAUUGAGUGAAGAUUUGGAGGUUUAUGAUAAAAUGAAGGGUGAUGGCUGUGUUCCUAACACUCCAUUUUAUAGCUCAUUGAUAUUUAUUCUUGGCAGUACUGGCUAGUUGAAGGAUGCAAAGUGUUUGAGGAUAUGCCCAAGCAAGGGGUGGUGCGUAAUGUGUUGACAUACACUACUAUGAUUAAUAUUGCUUGUACAUACUCACGAAAAGAGACUGCUCUUACGUUGCUUAAGGAAAUGGAAGAUGGAUCAUGCAAGCCUAAUGUUGAGACGUAUCAUCCUUUGCUCAAGAUGUGCUACAAGAAGAAGAGAAUGGAGUUGAUCAAAUUUUUGUUGGAUCACAUGCUCAAAAAUGAUGUCACCCUUGAUUUGGAAACUUAUUCUUUCUUGGUACAUGGUACGUGUAGAAGUGGAAAACUUGGGCAUGCUUGCUCAUUACAUUUAGACUGACUUUCUUUUGUUAUAAAUGAUUUUAUGUAAAUUUAAAUUGUUUAUAGAAAUUAUGUUACUGCACUGAUGUUUAAUUGCUUACAAAAUAUUUGGUUGUAUCUUGCAUGUUUAAUUGUUAACAGAAAUUCUCAAGAUUGCUACUUAAGAGAGUGUAGCUAUUGUUUUGAUAUGAUUGAUAGUUAGGAAUGAAAUUAAAAUUAAGUUAGAAAUUUGUAAUUGCUGGAACUUUUUGGCCUUUGAAACUCUAACCCUAACCCUAGCCUUGUGAACUUUUUGGCCUAUAGGACUUUUGAUUUAUUGGGCUUUUUAGCCCACAGGGCUUUUUGGCCCUAACCCAUAUGGACUAGGGUUAAGGCUGGGCCAAUUAGGCUUUUGGACAUCUCUAGCGGUAAGCUACUUCACCUAUCCUUUCUAGUACUUCAAAAGGAUCAUAGUACCUUGCACCCAACUUUGGACUAAUUUUGGCACCCACCGAAUAUUGCCUAUGCUGCUUCAGCUUGAGGAACACCAAGUCGCCCACCUAAAAAAUCUUCUCAUUUCCAUGCUUAUCAGCUUAUGUCUUCAUCCUCUCUUGAGCCCUCUCUAAAUGAUUCUUCAAUUGCUUCAAUGCCUCAUCACGAUCUUGCAAAUCCCUUUGCACGACUCGCACUUUUACUUCUCCUUGGACACUCUUCACAAGCAUUGGAGGCUUGCGGCAAUAAACAACCUCAAAAGGAGUGGUCGGAGUGGAUUCAUAGUAAGUAGUAUUGAACCAAUAUUCAGCUCAAGAAAGCCACAUUGCCUAUUCCUUAGGUUGAUCUGUGAUGAAACACCUCAAAUAGGUUUCUAAGCAGCUGUUAGUGACUUCGGUUUGACCAUCCAUUUGAGGAUGGUAAGCCAUACUCAUCUUUAGGAAAGUCCCCUGCAUCCUAAAGAACUCUUUCCAAAAUACACUCUUGAACAAAGGAUCCCGGUCACUAAUAACAAAAUUUGAGACGCCAUGUAAUCUUACCACUUCCUUCACAAACAAUUUAGCUACUGCCCAAGCGGUGUAAGAGUGUUUUAAUGGGAUGAAAUAGCUGUACUCGGACAACCUAUCCACCACCACCAAGAUCGCCUUAAAGCCCUUUGAUCUUGGUAACCCUGGUGAUGAAAUCAAUGGUAAUGUCUUCCCAUAUUUUCUCUCGAAUUGGAAGAGGUUGUAGUAAACCUCAAGGAGCAGUGAUCAUAUACUUUGACGUUGACAAACGUCAUAGGCUUGCACAAAUUUCAUAGUGUCUCUUUUCAUUCCCUUCUAGAAUAAAUUAGUGGCCAAUCGCCUAUGAGUGCGGUAGAAUCUAGAAUGUCCUUUUUGAGGAGUUGUAUGAAAUUCUUCUAUUAAUUUAGCAAUCCAAUCAGACUUCUCAAAAACAACCAACCCACCCUUGUAGAAUAGGAUCCCUUGCUUGUAAGAAAAUCCUGGAUAUUCUCCUUGUCCUUGCUUUAGAUCUACGAUAAGUUUCUACCACUUGUCAUGCUCAUGAUGUAACGUCCUUAUUUCAAAUUCAGUACAUAUAAAUAAUUUUUCAUUUCAAUUCAAUUUCAAUAUGAAAUUUGGAUACCAUAAAAUUUUCUCGAAAGUAAUUACUACAAUUUAAUCAAAUAUUUCCAUUUAAAUCAAUAGAAUAGUGAAAUAGCAUAAAACUUCCGAAAU